AUGACAACGAAUGACUCCAGCUUGGAAUGUAUAUGUUCGGACCUACAGAAGGAUGAGUACUCGCCGUUUUACGCUUGGUUAAACUAUAUUAUAAUCAUCUGUUUGUUGCCUUGGCUGUCCAUUUUUGGGCUGGUCACAAACAUUUGUAACGUAUUUAUUUUUUCGAGGAAACGGUAAGAAUUUUAUUUUUUCGAGUAGUCAUUAUGUAAAAAAACCAAAAAUGGUGACUUCAGUCAGCUUUGAGUGCAAUAAUAUCAACAAUUUAAUUUUUUUACAGUACAAGAAUAGCUUAAAAUGUAUCAUAAGAAUGCUUACAAUUAGUGUGAAAUAUUUGAUGACUAAAGUAAUACAAAAUUUCAGAAUGCGAAGCUCAGCGAACACGUAUCUCUUCUUCCUUGCAUGUUCAGACUUCCUGGUCAUCCUGACCGGCCUUUUUAUCUUCUGGAUUGACUCUGCUCGCACCUAUAUUCAAGAGCUUUCCCAAGCUCCUUACACUACCGUUUACGCGCUCCCUUUCGGAUAUAUGGCUCAAACUUCGUCGGUCUACUUUACCGUAGCCGCCGCCGUCGAUUGUUAUGUUGCAGUGAGUUUGUCUGGGCCUUUUUCCAACGCUGCCUGAGGGCAAUUGUCCUCGAAAAGUGGGUAAAAAAUAUGCUACAUGUAUUGUUAGACUCUUGCGUAAAUAUCUCCUGGGGAAAUAAAAAAUGCUAAAGAAAAAACAAUUGUUUACGUUAAUAACGCCACUCUCGAGCUGACAGUAUCAUUAUAAUAUGUAAAAUUUUGAUCUGCAUACUUACGAUGACUCAAAAAUAACAAAACAUUACUAAAUACUAAUCAUUAUACCUUUUUUUAAUUGACGCUUUAUUCCCAGGUUUGUUGGAAAUCGAUGAGCAACAAUUAUUGUACAGUAAAACGAGCUCGCCAAGUGUGUGGAGGCGUUGCAGCGCUCUCAAUUUUCUACAAUUCCAUGCGCUUUCCACAAUUUAAUCUCCGGAAAUGUGUACCGGAUGGAAGCGAUGUAAGUGAAGAUUUAGACAAGCAGUUUAGCUGCUAAUAACAAAAUUAAUCAAAAUUUUGCAGGAAUUUGUAAUCGAAAUCUGCCCCACCACCUUGUUUUAUACGAUAAACACCAUCUACAAUGUCUACAUGUACAUGGUGCUCAUGACUCUGAUGCCUUUCUUCUUCUUACUCAUUCUGAAUACCUUCAUUGUAGUCAAGCAAAGUAUUGACACUCAGAAGCUCAAAAAAUUAAGGUGAAUAUUAAAAAUGCCAUACAUUAAAUAUCAAGGAGAAUAUAAAUUAGUUGCAAACCACUUAUAUUACAGUGUUUACAGCCAAGUCUCGACUCAUUCUGAUCGAACGAGUUCCCCGAUUUUAUUCAAGAAUGGCAAUGAACCCAUGUCUCCGAUCCCCGUCACCGAGAGCAUGGAUACAGAUGAUACGAUCACCAUGAUCAUGGUCGUGGUUUUGUUUUUAUGUUGUAAUACAUUGGUAAGUUGACGGAGAUGUUCCCAUUUGGAUAAAAGGUUUAGACUCGGAUUAUAGAGAUUCAAGGGUACAUUUCGGAUGAGACAACAGUGAAAGACCGCCCAAGUGACGACUUGUUGACGCAUUUAAAAGAGAGUUUUUUACAGAUUGAAGCUUCUCAUAACAAGGGCCGGACAUUUCGAAAAAACGACCAACUCAGAAUCUUUUGAUAUUUUGCAUAGUUGUCGUACUAUGAUAGCUGAACGUCAGCGUGAAUUUUUAGUUUUGAAAAUUACCGUAUACGGGGGUUACGGCAGGUACAAUUUUCAGAAAGAUUGGGUCCGUGUGUAAAAACCCCAAGGAGUAAAAGCACGAAACCCCGCUAUUUUACGUUUUUGACCAUGGGGAACAUUUUCAUAAUUGACACUUUCGCCGUAGGAUGUAGCCUUCGACUACUUUAAAAAAUACCAAGGUACCAUGGUCAAUAUAACUUUUCGGCAUUCUACUUGUCUCAACUUUUGAAACCUCUCAAAAAUACUUUGACAUGUAUGUAACAACAUAUCAAAAAUGCACGAAAAUAAAAGGGGUGGUUUUGGAGUUACGAUACUUUGAAUGUUCCCGGUACCGUAUGUCAAAAUUUAAUUUUUUUUAAAAUCGGCGUAGAACAGCCGCAAACCUUGCUAAUGUAGGUUUUCCACCAUGAGGAACAUUUUUGUAAUUGACACUUUUUUCGUAGGAUGCAGUCUUCGACUACUUUGGGAAAUGUCAAGAUACCAUGUUCAAUAUAACUUUUCGGCAUUCUACUUGUCUCAACUUUUGAAACCUCUCAAAAAUACUUUGACAUGUAUGUAACAACAUAUCAAAAAUUUAGGAAAAUAAAAGGGGUGGUUUUGGAGUUAUGGUACUUUUAAUCUUGAUCAUACAGUACACCGAACGUUCGUUGUGAUGCUGACGUCCGAAUUUGGAAGAUUCUACCGUCAUAUGGCACACACGGCUCUAAACCGUGGUAAUUGUUGCAAAAAAUUUAAGAAAUCGCUGAUCCUGGUGUUACAGUAACCAAUUAUCUGCGCACGAUAUGUUACAGUAUGCUUAGGCCUAAAUUUUCUGAAUUUCAUGGUGAAAAUAGUUUUUGAGGGUCUUACAACACACAUAAAACAUUACAUUUAGUGUUUAAAAUAAUCUACGUAAAGUUUAGCCGAGCAUAAAUCGAAGUGUACUGUAUGUCCAAAAUUCAAAGUGCCAUAACUUCAAAACCACCCCUUUUAUUUUCCUAAAUUUUUGAUAUGUUGUUACACAUAGGUCAAGGUGUUUUUGAAAGGUUUUAAAAGUUGAGACAAGUAGAAUGCCGAAAAGUUAUAUUGAACAUGGUAUCUUGACAUUUCCCAAAGUAGUCGAAGGCUGCAUCCUACAAAAAAAGUGUCAAUUACAAAAAUGUUCCUCGUGGUGGAAAACCUACAUUAGCAAGGUUUGCGGCUGUUCUACACCGAUUUUAAAAAAAAAUUAAAUUUUGACAUACGGUACCGGGAACAUUCAAAGUACCGUAACUCCAAAACCACCCCUUUUAUUUUCGUGCAUUUUUGAUAUGUUGUUACAUACAUGUCAAAGUAUUUUUGAGAGGUUUCAAAAGUUGAGACAAGUAGAAUACCGAAAAGUUAUAUUGACCAUGGUACCUUGGUCAUUUUCCAAGUAGUCGAAGACGACAUCCUACAGAAAAAGUGUUAAUUACAAAAAUGUUCCCCAUGGUCGAAAACGUUUUUUGGCGAUAUAUGCGGCUCUUCUACACCUAUUUUGAAAAAAAUUAUAUUUUGAUAUACCGUUCGGGCCACAAUCAAAGUACCGUAACUCCAAAACCACCCCUUUUAUUUUCGCGCAUUUUUGAUAUGUUGUUACAUCUAUGUCAAAGUAUUUUUGAAAGGUUUCAAAAGUUGAGACAAGUUCUCUGCAAAAAAGUUACAUUCAAUAUGGUACCUUGGUAUUUUUCAAAGUAGUCGAAGGCUACAUCCUACGGCGAAAGUGUCAAUUAUGAAAAUGCUCCCCAUGGUCGAAAACGUAAAACAACGAAGUUUCGCCCUUUUACUCUUCGGGGUUUUUACGUACGAGCCCAAUCUUUCUAAAAAUUGUACCUACCGUAACCCCCGUGUACGAUAAUUUCCGAAACUAAAAAUGUGUACUGACGUUCGUCUAACAUAGUAGAACAGCUAUGCAAAAUAUCAAAAGAUUUUGAGUUGGUCGUUUUUUCGAAAUGUCCGGGCCAUCCUUCGAGUUGUAAAAAACUCCGUUUUAAAUAUAUAGAUUUUUGUGCAUAGAUUAAGUGUGAUGUAAUAAAAAAACAUAAAUGAGUUGAAAAGUCGUAGAAAGACCCGAUAAAAGGUUAUUGUGAGAUAUAUCAUUCAGUCUAGUAGAAUACAAAAUACUGAUUUAAAACUUGCAGGCUUUGAUCGUCAACAUUAUCGAGACUUUCUUCGAGCCGGAUCAGACCAUUCUCCACACUUUAUCCGAUGUCUCCAACUUCCUGGUGGUCUUCAACAGUAGUGUCAACUGCGUGAUCUACUAUAUCUUCAACAAGGAGUACCGAGAGCUCUUCCGAUACCAUUUUCUCUCCAAGCUCUGUUGUUGUAAAAAAGAAAGUGAUCGACUCCCAAGACCCGCCCUAUAUUUCGAAAAUGGAAAGAAGAAGUCCGAAGUCAAUGGACUGUAUCCAGAUUAUACAAAGAUGGCCAAUCCGAGUAAGAUUUAUAUGACAUUACUUUGUCCAUCAAAAAAAAGAUGGACACAGACCUUUGAAAUGACUAUAUGAUCAUGUUUCAGGUCCCAUGUGCAAUCCAGCCUCUCCGGUCUGGCGUCCCCUCAAUUGGCAUUCAGAAUUCUCUUCAAGUGCGGAUUGGCAUUCUGACUGCACUAUCCCGACCACUGAUAUUACUCGACACCCUCAAUCUCCAUGUCCAUCUUUUGUUCCAUCGAUGAAUAUGGAUAUCCAAUUGAUGGAUGAUGAUGAAUAUGACAGUGGCCUUGGCCCGGAAAACGCUCAAUCAUCGGUAAGAUCCUUGGUUUGGCAAAAAAAUCUAAAGUAACAAUUCUAUGAUUCAAUUACAUCACACAUGGUAACACAUGUAGAAGCUGUGAAAAGUUGCAUAGAUAACGCUACGCCUUUCAGACAACUCAAAACUCAGUUCCGAAGAACCUCGAGGUGCGACUGGUCGGGGAGAAGGAGCAAGUCUUCAUCAGUCCUCAAGACCCCAAGCUUUCUUCAGAUGUCUCAGUUACUGCUUUGUAA